AUGUUCUCAGCUCCAAAAUCAGCUCCUCUUACGACUACAACUCCUCUCAUCGACACUAAUCGAGUUAUCCAGCAAAGGAUUGAUGUUACUCAAAGUUACAUUACAAAGGAAGGAGAUGAAAAGGAAAAACCCAGUGAAGAACAGUUUAGUAAUUUCAGAGUGAAGUUAGUGGAUUUGACUAUUGUGACUCGAUCUUAUUUUGAGAAUUUGGUGAGGGCUCUACAGAGUGGGCUUUCGGAGGUUGGAAAAAGUGGAAGUGGUUCGGACCAGGGUGCAGCAGGUGGUUCCAAGGGUCGAACCAGGGGGAACGGUGGUGCUGAUGGUUCGAAGAGGAUGAAGAUCACAAUGAGGGUUGGUGAAUCGUCGAGUGGUGAUUAUGAUUUGUGAAAAAAUUUAAGCUUUGAUUAUGUUUGGGGAUGUUUGAUAGAUUUGAAUUGUAUGCACAUGUAUUUUGGGUUUCUCCUUUUAUUAAUGUUAUAUUUAAUGUUAUAUUCUUAGGAUUAAUGUUAUAUUUAAUAGUUUUUUAAUAGUUUUUUUAAUAAUUAAUGGUC